AUGGUUUUGCGGCUUCAAACAAAGUUGGACGCCGUGGAGACUCGGUUCUGUAUCAGUCUAUUUACCAAAUAUUUCCUCGACUUCAAGCGUCUUCCUGACUUUUUUUCCACUUUAGUCGACAUGGUGAAGAGUGUUCCGGAAGGAUCUCGCUACUCUCAGCUGGUUGAAAAAACGCAUAAAUUGCUUAGCCUACCUACAAUCAUCAUCAAUUUAGCUAAGGGCACUGCCUUACCACAACCAUUUACACCUGAUGCAUAUUACCCAUUCAUUAUGAAGCAGGCUGCUGAUAUCGAUUAUCCGCUCCUGAGUUCAGUACUUCUUUCUCAAUCGUGCUUCUUUGGCUUUGGCAGAGAAGUGUGGAAUGUCAUAAUUCAGCAAGUUUGCCGCUCACAGCGAACCUCGAGCAGCUGGAGCUCAGCUCUAUCUCUAACUCCGGAAAAGACACUAGAGCCCACUUUGGUUCCCCUCCUUAAUCAGGCCUCGCACCCUCAUCUAGUAGCGCUUUUUCUUUCCUCUACUCUUUUUUCGUCAAAGCAGGACCAGAUUAUUCGCUUAUUUCAUCGUCUCCUACUGUUUCGGACGUUUUCGACUUCUAAAAUACCAGUUAAUAUUUUUGGCUGCUUGCAAGAACUUUCAACUGACGACCUAACCAUUCGAGUUGAGAGGGAUCUUGGUUUGCGGUUACUUGAGACAUGGUCCGAUUCAACGGCUCUUCAACGCACCUCGUCUAAACAACGCAUCUACCUCAGUCAGGCGCUUGUUGCCUGGGUCAGGGCCUUUCGAGAGAAGAUUAUUCACUCUCCGUCGUAUUCAACCAUGGUGUCGUAUGUGUUGAGCGGAGUAACCGCCCAUUUAGCCUGCAAUGUUGAAGAGCAGAGGGUGUUAGGAAUGGCUGUUGGUGAGUGGUUAGUGAAAGAGUUUCACAUCGGUGGCGAGGGAGGAGAAGGGGAGGGCGAAUGCAAGUCACUUAUGCUCAAGUUUGCCUACGAAGAGAAUGAUGCAGUCAAAUUGGUGAAACCAUUGUUCGAACCUCUUCCACCAUACCAAUCUCCCGAGAGUUCUCUGGAUGAAAAUGUCGAGGCUCUUUUUGCAGAGGCCUCGGGAUUGCAAUUUACGCCUGCCGAAAAAGCAUCCGACGGUCUGGACAGCGAUGAUGAUCCAGACGAUGAAGAUGACAAAUUCCAACCGCUUCCACCCUACACCAGUCCCGCCCCCUCCGGUUGGCCUUUUCGAGCUCGUCGCCCUCGCUAUCUCCGUGAAUGUCUCGACGGUUUAGCAGGCGCCAGGCAUGAGUCGGACGAGUUAGCCAGUAACGAGAUCGCUCUGUCCUGCUUCGCUCAUGCUGAGGAACUGAUCUACCGCCAUAAAGGCUGUGCCGUGGAUGAGGUUGCUGUCUCCUUCGCAGACGCAUUGCUCCACACAGAACCGCCCGCGUGCCCCCACACAGACAAGGUGAAUGCAUCGCGCCAUCAGGCCCUGGUCGCACUAGCGGUCGUCUCGCCGAAACGGACGGCUCGUUAUCUCACCGGGCAGUUCGUACAGCCAGGCCUGGCAGUCAAUCAGCGUCACGCAAUCAUCGCGGCUCUCACUGACGCUACGUGCACCCUAGGCUCCGAUUUCGUUCCGGUCGCCGGUGACUUCUUUUUCCCCAUGAUACGAGCAGCCGAUGGAUUGCUUGGCGACGGGAAAGACGUCUACGCUCACCUCGAUGACGCCCUUUUAGCCCGCCUUGUAGGCGCACUCGGGACGAUGUAUGCUUGCGCACGGAACUCUCAAAAACUUCCGCGUAUGGCAGAGGGCCUCCUGGCUCUUGGAUCUCAUCUCUUGACGAAAGCCCACGACCCUGCCGUUCGGAGAUCGAGUCUGUCGGCUCUUGGAGUUGUGCUUACCAUGACACCUGUUGUUGUGUUUGCCGCAAAUCAGCAACUCUUAUUUGGGUCCAAUUUGUCGGAGAAGUUAUUAAACACAUUCCAGAACGACACCGAUCCCGAAUGCCAAAACCUCGCAGGUGCCGCGCUAUCCUCUCUGCGAGAUAAUAUUCUCGAACUGAGUGGAGCCGGCCUCGUCAGCAUGGAGUGUGAUGAGCCAAUCGAGGUCACGCCAGGCAAGAACGAAGGAGAGGAUUGUGAGGAGGGAGUAGUGCCCAAACUUGCGGCUGACGCGACGCACCCCUCGCAACGUCCGCAUCCCCAACAAACCGUCCACGCCGAGGUCCGCCUAACUCGCAGCAGCACUGCCUCGCGCGAAACCGUCUGCCAGUUAAUUGACGAAUACCUGCGAGCCAAGGGCACCUGCAAUGUGCCCACCGUCCUCGAGUCUUCUUUCAGCGAGGACCUUGGGACCAUGCAGUCAUUCCUUAAGGAUAAUAUCGCCUCCAUAAGUUUAACCACAGACGACACUGAUUCCCCGACCGGCAAGGACCAGAUCUCGGCCUCGCUUAAUCUGCAGACGGCGCCACUGAUGAUUCACGUCUACCGCCUAGUUUCCGGCGACGAAGCCGACCCCACCCACGAGACCAUCGAGGUCUCCUCGGAAAUCAUCAGAGGAGGCACACGAUGGGCUCUCCCCUCUCCCGAGUUUGACGGACUUUGGGACACUCUUGUCUACGAUUCAACAGUUAAGAGAGACCUCCUCAAGUACUCAGAGUCUGCUCUUCUAUUUGCCGAUUUCGAAGUCAGUCAGCACGUAAUUGUCUGGAAUCGUGUCAUAUUUCUCCACGGUCCCCCAGGAACCGGCAAAACGUCCCUCUGUCGCGCACUUGCCCACAAGCUCUCUAUCCGCCUCUCACAUCGCUUCACCUCAGCGGCGCUCAUUGAAAUCAACACUGUUAACUUAAUGUCCAAGUGGUUUUCUGAGUCCGCUCGUCUCGUUUCGCAGAUGUUCUCCUCAAUUCUAGAAUAUCUUGAGGAUCCAGAUCAUCUUGUCUGUGUACUUGUAGACGAGGUAGAAAGUUUGACCGCAGUGCGGAAGUCAGUGGCCGCCGCUUGUGAACCGAGCGAUGCCAUCCGAGUUGUCAAUGCCGUCUUGACCCAUCUGGAUCAGUUAAAACACCACCCAAAUGUCUUGGUGAUGGCUACGUCCAACGUGACCGAUGUAUUGGACCCUGCCUUUCUUGACCGAGCAGACAUCCGUGCGUAUAUCGGGCCUCCAUCAGUUGCGGCCAUCUACGCAAUAUACUCUUCCUGUUUGAAUGAGUUGAUUAGAGUGGGUCUAAUUGAAAGACAAAAGUCUGGCCUGCUGAGCUACCGCGUUCUGUCGGCACUGCAGUUCACUGAAAGCCAGGUGACCGCAGCAAGUCUGGCCGUGUGGCGUUUGGCUCAACGAAGCGUUGGUCUGAACGGUCGAACCCUCCGCAAGCUGCCCCUUCUAGCGCACGCCUUCCACCUGACCUCGAGGCCACCCGACCGCUUGCACGCCCCAACCACCACCACCCAGCAGGCAGAGCACUGCAAGUUGGCGACCUCGUUCCGGGGGCACAACAAGGAGAAUAUUUCGCCGUCGCUAAACACGCCAAGUCGCGCCUCCGCGGUCCCACUGUUAGCCUUCAUCGAGGCGCUUCAGAUGGCCGUGGAUUGUCAAUUCGCCGACAGCCGAAUGAUUGCAGGAGUCACGGACGAGUCGCAUUUGAGCGCGGGAGAUAAGGAAGCUGGUUCUUGUAAAACUACCUCCAUUCAUGUUGACAUUUAA